AUGGGAGUGAACACAAAAGGGGUAAGAAGAUGCAUUCAUGUUGGUCCACCAAAGAACUUGGAGGCCUAUGUUCAGGAAAGCGGACGAUGUGGCAGGGAUGGAGAACAAAGUCAUGCUGUUGUCUUAUUUAAUGCUAAAUUAUGCACUCAUGUAGAGGAAAACAUGAAAGAGUACUUGAUCUCUGAAGACUGCAGAAGGAAAUUGCUUCGGCAUCCUUUCAAUCAAACUACAUCCUCCUUAGUUUCACCAGUUUCCCACCUUUGCUGUGACAACUGUGCAAGAAAUUGUAAAUGCAACCAACUAGGAUGCCCACCAGCCCUUAACUUGCCUUUGGAUAGGAAUCAAGAUGACAAACCCCUUAUAAUAAUGCGUGAUGUCUCUACCGCUCAGAGGAAAAUACUACAAUCUUUACAGAAGUCUCUUGUUACAAAAUCUAUGCAAGGUGAUCAAAACGAAAGAAGGGCUACUGUCCUAUCUUGCCCAAACUUUUUCCUUGAAUUUACAAAGACUCAAAUAGAACAACUUUUGGAACAUUGUGCUUGUAUUGAUGAUGUGAAAAGAUGCGCUGAAAUUUGGCAGCACAAACAUGCUGUUGAAGUUUGUAAAAUCUUCAGCGAAGUAUUUGAUAGUAUAAUCCACCUGAACAGAAGUGAAGAUAGUGAUGAGAGUGAGGAGGACAAUGAUGAUCAUGAAGAC